AUGUCCGACACUCUCGCCCCUUUUGAUAGUCAUUAUCAACCCUGCGAUGAGCUCGGCUUCAGUCAGUUCCAUGAUAAUAGAGAUGGCGGCGAGGGUAGCUGGAGUGGGGGCGACGACGGCAACCCAGUCUCCCGGGCCACCCACCCGACCGUUGUCGAGGCAUGUUUCCAGCCGCAGCAAUCCGAAUUCUUCGACCUGCUACCGUCGUUCAACAUCCCCAAACCGGGGAUCUCGUGGACUGGCCUUGAGGCUUCAUCCGACUGCGCCGAUGUCGAGGUUUCGUCCAACCCCCUUGCCGACUUUGUGGCCAGGACGUUUUCUCGCACGUGGAGCAAGCAGCUGCCGCUCAUGGUCAACCCCCAGCAUGGCUCAUUACUCCGGGCUGCCGGUUACGGAUAUGCGGCGAUUUCGGAGAAGAUGCGAGAGAAGCUGGGUAUCGAGAUCACCGCCAAUGCCCUGGUGAAAAGGUACCAAAAGUUGCCCAAGACCUGUGAGAGUGUGGUGGCCAACGCAAUCACCAACAUCAUGCCCCAGAUCAUGGAACAGCUCUACGUGGAGUUGCCCCAUAUUGACGACGGUACUCUUUCGGAAGAGGAGAAGCGGACGGUGGAUCGGAUGCUGCAAGACCUGCCACAGAUUCUUCCCAACUGCGUCCGGAGCAGUCUGUCCCGCAAGCGCAGGACCAUGCAACCUUCGCCGUCGUUGUGA